AUGUCAGAUUCGGGCAACCCCUCGUUGGAUAAGCAACAGCACAUCAAGUACUGGCAGCGCUGUCACAAAACAUAUCUCCCUUCUCCUUACACAGCAUACGACUCGACCCGCCUCACAUUCGCCUGCUUCACUAUUUCCGCAUUGGAUCUUCUCUCUGUCCCCCUCGAUCCCUCUGAUCGUGCCGCUAUCCGCCGUUGGGUUCUCAGUCUUCAGCAUCCGGAGGGGGGUUUCUGCGGAAGUUCAACGCAUGCUCUACCAGGUCAAGAAGCAUUCAAGGGCACAGCCAAUAUCGCAGCAACUUUUUUUGCGCUCGUUCUGUUGGGGCUGGCGGCUGAGAACGAAGAAGAAGCAAUAUCGGCCUUCAAGGGUGUGGACAGGGUGAGAUUAUUGAAGUGGCUAAAGGGACUUCAAAGAAAAGAUGGGAGUUUCGGACAGAAUCUCUGGAAUGGGGAUAUUGUGGGCGGCAGAGAUAUGAGGCACAGCUAUCUUGCGAGCUGCAUUCGGUGGAUGCUAAGAGGGGACGUGAAAGAGAGUGAUGUCGGAUGGGUGGAGGAUCUGAACAUCGAGGAUAUGAUUGCUCAUGUCAAAAGGGGCCAGACAUAUGAUGGUGGAGUAGCCGAGUCUUCAAAACACGAAUCUCAUGCUGGAUACGCAUAUUGCGCGAUUGCUGCGCUAUCUCUCUUAGACAGACCACUUGACUCCACAUCGCCCCAUUCUCCUGAGCAAGCUAUGAAAGAGGGCAUUCCCGACCGUGAAGGCCUCGUUCAAUUCCUGGCCGCUCGCUCGUUCCCAUAUCUUGUGAAAGAGGAGGCAGAUGAUGAAGUGGAGGAGAACUUCCUUGAGCCAAAGGCUGGCGAGAUCGAUUACGGCCAUGUUGGCUUCAAUGGAAGAUGGAACAAGAAAGCCGACACAUGCUACUGCUGGUGGGUUGGCGGCACACUUGCUAUGCUUGGAAACUCAUCAAUCAUCAACGUCACUCCUUCACGGCGAUAUCUGCUGGACGUCACACAACAUCGCAUCGGUGGGUUUUCCAAAGCUGUAGGGGGCCCGCCGGACAUGUACCAUUCGUACCUCGGCCUUGCUGCGCUGGGGACUAUGGGAGAUGAUGACUUGAAGGAGUUCGACGUUGGUUUGUGUUGCAGCCAAGAAACCACCAGGAAAAUACAAAAGGCAAGGGAUGGGCUACUGGAGAGCACAAAAGGUGAAAUGAAGGCUUGGAACGAUGACGGUUUCUGGUGA